AUGACGACCGGCGCCGACGCCGACGCGCGUCGCACGUACGACGAGGAGCGCGCGUACGUCAGCGCGGUGUCGCCGACGAAGCUCGUCGUCGCGAAAGGUUUCGUGCCGAACAUGCGCGUGCCGGGAGAAAUUUACGUCAACGAACGCCUGCGCGAGCUCGUCCUGGACGAACUGCGCGCGUACUGCGACGAAGAUCGACGCGGGGGAGGGUACUCGCCCGCGGUGAAACAGAUCGCGAACGUGGCGGCGCUGCCGGGGGUGGUGAGGGCGUCCAUCGCGCUGCCGGACGUGCACAGCGGGUACGGGUUCGCGAUUGGAAACGUGGCGGCGUUCGAUUGCGGGGACGACGACGCGAUCGUGUCGCCGGGAGGGGUGGGGUUCGAUAUAAAUUGUGGCGUGCGGUUGCUGCGAACGAAUCUGACGGAGGCGGAGGUGGGACCGGUGAAAGAGGCGCUGGCGCAGUCGCUGUUCGAUCACAUACCCGUCGGCGUGGGUUCGCGAGGGAUCAUUCCGACGUCUCCGGCGGCGCUGGAGGCGGCGUUGGAGAUGGGAAUGGAUUGGAGUCUGAGGGAAGGGUACGCGUGGGCGGAGGAUAAAGAGCACACGGAAGAAUACGGGCGUAUGUUGAAUGCGGAUCCGAGUAAAGUGAGCGCGAGGGCGAAGAAGCGCGGAUUGCCGCAGAUGGGAACGCUCGGGGCGGGGAAUCAUUACGCGGAGAUUCAGGUCGUGGAUGAGAUUUACGACGAGUUCGCGGCGAAGAAGAUGGGAAUCGAUCGCGUUGGGCAGAUUUGUAUCAUGAUUCACAGCGGAAGUCGAGGUUUGGGGCAUCAGGUGGCGACGGAUUCGCUCACGGCGAUGGAGCGCGCGAUGGAGCGCGACGGCAUCGAAGUAAACGAUCGACAGCUCGCGUGCGCAAAGAUAAGCAGCCAAGAAGGGCAAGAUUAUCUCGCCGCGAUGGCGUGUGCGGCCAACUACGCGUGGGUGAAUCGAUCGAGCAUGACAUUUUUGUGCAGACAAGCGUUCGCGAAGAUGUUCGGCAAGCCGCCAGACGAGCUCGACAUGCACGUCGUGUACGACGUGUCGCACAACAUCGCCAAAUUCGAGGAGCACAUAGUGGAUGGAGAGAUGAAGACGCUGCUCGUGCACCGCAAAGGGAGCACGCGCGCGUUCCCACCCCAUCACCCGCUCAUCCCCGUCGAUUACCAGUACACCGGUCAGCCGGUUUUAAUCGGCGGCACGAUGGGGACGUGCUCGUACAUCCUCACCGGCACCGAAAAGGGCAUGCGAGACACGUUCGGAUCGACGUGCCACGGCGCCGGUCGCGCGCGAAGCCGCAACAAGUCCAGACACGUCUUACAGUACGAAGACGUGCUCGCCAAGCUCAAGACCAAGGGCAUCGCGAUUCGCGUCGCUUCGCCGAAACUCGUCAUGGAGGAGGCGCCCGAAUCGUACAAGGACGUCACCGAAGUCGUCAACACGUGUCACGACGCCGGCAUCUCCAAGAAAUGCGUCAAGCUGCGCCCCAUCGCCGUCGUCAAGGGUUAGACAAUCACCAUCACUAGCGACAUAGCCCCC